CCGGGGCUCGAUCGCGACAUGGAGCCGGGCCGCGACCCGGUAACGGGCCCGGUGCCGGUAACCGACCCGGCCGCCGACCCCGACGUGGAGCCGCUGCACCGGGGCGGUUUCCGCUGCCGCCUGUGCCAGAUCACCGCGGCCAACCUUCCCAGCCUGCGCUCGCACCUGGCCGGGCGGCGGCACCGGCGGCUCCGGUGGCUCCGGUUCGAGCGGCGCGCGCAGGAGCAGCGGAGCCUCUUCGUCAGCGGCUUCUCCCGCGGCACCGCGCCCGAGCAGCUGCGGCGCCACUUCCGCGCCUUCGGGCCGGUCGCGACAGUCGUCAUGGACAAGGAGAAGGGGCUGUUCGCCAUCGUGGAGCUGCAGGACGCCGCGGGGCGGCAGCGGGCGCUGGAUGAGCCCCGCCACGUCCUGGAGGGGCGGCGGCUGCGGGGACUGGGAGCAACUGGGAGGCACUGGGAGCAUGGGAUGGGGGCAUGA